GGAGGUGGCAGUCACUGUUGCUGCUGAGAAGCCAGCCUGCUUUUCCCAGCCUGUUGGUCGCCCAGUGAGGAGUUGAGACUGCACCUCCAGCCCGGACGCACAUGGCUUGUUACCUGGUCAUCAGUUCGAGACAUCUCAGCAAUGGGCACUACAGGGGCAUUAAGGGAGUCUUCAGAGGUCCCCUCUGCAAGAAUGGAUCUCCAUCUCCGGAUUUUGCAGAAAAAGAGAAGUCCACAGCAAAAGCUCUGGAAGACGCAAAAGCGAAUUUUUACUGUGAAUUAUGUGACAAGCAGUAUCACAAACACCAGGAGUUUGACAAUCAUAUUAAUUCUUACGACCAUGCUCAUAAGCAGAGAUUGAAGGAAUUAAAGCAACGAGAAUUUGCUCGAAACGUGGCUUCCAAGUCAUGGAAAGAUGAGAAGAAACAAGAAAAAGCACUUAAGCGACUCCAUCAGCUGGCCGAACUGCGGCAGCAAUCUGAGUGUGUUUCUGGAAAUGGACCAGCAUACAAAGCCCCCAGGAUAGCAAUGGAAAAGCAGCUCCAGCAGGGAAUUUUCCAGGUUAAGAAUGGCAGAAAGGUCUCCUGCAUGAAGAGUGCCCUUCUCCUCAAGGGAAAGAGCCUCCCCAGAAGCACUGUGGACAAGCAGCGAUUCACCACACCAAACCGUCAGCAGCUACAGCCAGACAGGCGGUUCCUGUUUGGAAACAGGAUCACACAAACAUCUUCCGAUCUCAGCAAUGCAAACCACAGGACAGGAGUUUCAUUUUCAUUUUCAAAAAAAGCCUAUCUAAAAUUAGAAUCCUCAGCCUCAGUUUUCAGCGAGAACACAGAGGACACCCAUGAUUGUAACAAGUCGCCUACCUUUAAAGUCAAACAAAGAGUAGAGAAAUGCAUGUGUUGCAGGUUUGCAAAUGAUGAUCCACACCUUACUAAGGAAGAAGGUGUUAUCUCACCCAGCCAUCUGGAAGGUGUUUUAAACAACACCUUCUCGAUGAACUCUAAAGUGUCACAAAACAAAAAUGAAUAUCUUAAUGAGAGGCUGAAAGAUUCAUCAGGCAUUCAUGCUUCUUUCUCUAACCCUAACCUCCAUCUUUCAGAAAGAGAUUUUACUCUUUCCAGCAGAGAGAAAGAAAUCGGGAAUGCACUGAAGGAUACUUCAGAAAACUGCAUUAAUCAACCAUGCCAAGCAAAUGAAUCCUCCAGUCCAGUACACAUUUGCAAGCAUGGUGAUAACAGUUGGUGUGGAAGUCUGGAUGAGUUUUUGCCUUCAGGACCAAGUGAACAAAAGAUGAGAGCACAUCUGAAUUCUAACUCCAGAAUGGAAGACCGAGCAAAGUCUUUAGACGAAUCAGAAAGAGUUAGCAACAAUGUGCAAAGGCACUGCAGAGAACGUUGUCCACGUGAUCUAAAAUCCAAAUCAUUGCCUUUCCUUCAUGUACAGAGCAAGGAUGGCCACACCACUCUACAGUGGCCUACAGAACUUCUGUUCUUUACCAGAACAGAACCUUGCAUAUCCUAUGGCUGUAAUCCAUUGUAUUUUGAUUUCAAACUUUCUCGAAACACAAAGGACGAACAUAAUUCAGAGAAUGUAAAAACAGAAAUGGAGAAGGAGGCUUUGGAAAUGAAGCCAAAAACAGAGAGCCAAGUCUCAGGUUUAAUUAAAGAACAACAAAAAACGACCCAAGGUAAUCAAUCUCUGAAGCCAAAGAUGAUUAUAGCUAACCCAGAUUGGGAAAAGUUCCAGAGACAAUACAAUUUGGGCUACAAUGAUUCUGAUUCUAGUACAAGUGAACAUGAUAGUCUACGAGACUUGGAAAUGAAAAGUCCUGAAGUGCCUGCUUGCUUUAAUCUGUCUCUAAAGGAUGGCAUAAGAAAAGAUAAUGUUGAUGACAUUGAAUUGAAGGAACCUUCAAACAUCCACUGCCGAAGCUGCAAAAGGGCCAUUCUAAAUAAUGCUCAGGAGGGUCUCUCAUGCUCUCUUCACAUCUCUAGGACUAAAAAGCAUAAACUGAAUCCCUGCAGUCCACAUUCAGAGUUUGAAGGAGAAAACCAAGAUACUUGGAAUUGUAGUCUUUAUACAUCAGAGGGUCACAGUGAACAUUCGAAGGGGAUCAGUGAGAGUUUAAAUAGCUGCAACAUUAGCAUGGCCAGCAGGGUUUCUAUGAGUGGGAGACCAAGUAUUGACAGAUGUUCUCCAAAGCCACCUCUGGGUGACCGUCCCAGAACAAGGGAAGACUCUCCCAGAAACAUGUCCAGCUGGAGAAACAUGUGUUCAAAUCAUCGGUCCAGCAGCAGUGGGAGCCGUCGUUUGCUCUACGUUUGCAAGACAGAGUGUGCCUCAGUCGAAAGGCACAUGUGGAAACACAGAAAGCACAAUUGCCUCUGCUUGUCUGACGUGCCAAUAAGCACUAACUGUCCUCAGUCAGAAACCCAGAAAGACGGGAAUGGCAAACUGCGGGACUCACUUAAAACUAAAAAACAGUCAAAACACAGAAACUGUCAUUGCAGAGAAAGAUAUAAACUGGGCAAAACUCAUCAAUUUGCGGGGCCCAAACCCACAAGAAUUUUCCAUUGUGAUUCCAGUUCACAGGUUUCCCUUGAUAGAAAUAGUGAAAAGCCCUUUAAUGGCCCAGGACCUCAGCACAGCAAAUCAGGCUCGUAUUUGAGACAGAGAGGUUACUGCUUAAACAAAAACAAGAGAAGCCAAAAGUCUUUUGCCAGCCUUCACAUUUGUGAUGUGGGAAAAGUCAAGUGCAGACAAUGCAACCCCAGCACUCUCAAUUACCUUCUCAGGGGCUGUGUAGGUGGCCCUUCAGAAACCACGCAGUCACACAUUCCAGAUGGAGAAGGGCCUUCCCUGACAGCCAAGGGUCUUUUAGAAAGAGUGAAAGCCAAGAAGUGUCAGGAGCAAUCAACAAAGUUUGAGUUCUCUUCAAACAGUGGUUUAAGAGAAUCAGAGGCUCAUUCACAAAUCCAACACACAAUUCAACCUGGACCACCAAGCCGUAACAGAACAUCAUUGCCUUUUUCAGAGAAGAGACAACAGAUGGGCAAAAGGAGAAAUGAUAAAGGCAUCGUAAUUCAUAAGACUUCUGACAAAGACAAAAUCAAAAGCUCACAAAAAAAUAAUUUUACUGUUUUACCAGACACUGAAUGUGAUAAUUAUCUCUCCAAAGGCAUAAAGCAUGCAGCAAUGAAUUCCCAGCCUUUAAGCAGAAAUAAGAACCAGACAACAAAAGAGCAAUCUAAAUCUUCAAUUAGUGAAGUCCAGCCUUUUCAUGGAAGCUGUGACCCAGUACCAAAUGAUUUCCUUGGUGCUUUUCCAUCUAAUAGAUAUACUGGUGUAACUGAUUCAACAGAGACCAAAGAGGACCAGAUAAAUCUAGACUUACAAGAUGUAAGCAUGUCUAUGAAUCACGUAGAGGGGAAUAUAAACUCUUACUAUGACAGAACUAUGCAGAACCAUGACAAAGUGGAAGAUGAAUUAGAAAUGUGUCAUAAAUCUUUCUCCCCCCCUUUAAUUCAACAGCCCAUAACAUUUUCUCCCGAUGAAAUAGAUAAGUACAAGCUCCUCCAGCUGCAAGCCCAGCAGCACAUGCAGAAGCAGCUGCUGUCGAAGCAUCUCCGCGUGUUGCCUGCUGCAGGGCCCACUGCCUUCUCUCCGCCCUCAGCUGCGCAGCCAGUUCCGGUCCACCAGCACACAUCCAUCACCACCAUCCACCACACAUUUCUGCAGCAUUUCGCUGUUUCUGCUUCCAUAAGCUCCCACAGCAGUCCCCUCUCUAUCGCUCAUCUGCACCCACUGCCACAGCCACAUUUGACUCCUUUUUCAUUUUCAACCAUGGCUCCAACCAUUAUCCCUGCACACCCCACUUUGCUAGGACAUCCCCUGCAUUUAGUGACUGCGGCCCCCUUCCACCCAUCGCAUAUGGCUUUUCAGGCACUGCCUCCUGCAGCGUUUAUCCCCACAUUGUUUGGUCCGCAUUUAAAUCCAGCCACAACUUCUAUUUUCCACUUGAAUCCUUUAAUCCAACCAGUGCUACAAGGUCAAGAUCUUUUCCAUCACUCUUGCUCCAGCCAGAUGCAACAGUUAAAUAGUAUGAAAGAGGCCUUAAAUAUGUCAGUACACUUGAACUAAUAGUUAUUACAACUCAUCUUAUGAAUAAAUAAUGCAAAUUGUCACAACCUACAGAACAAUGCAUUAAUAUCAUCUCUCCCAUUACUAUAAGGUUUAAAAUAAUGGUGCCAAGUCCAAAUGUAACUCAUAUAUAAAUACAAACGGAAUUGUCAUAAUAGAAAUGGGAGCAUUUUAAGAACUUGUUCCUGGAAAAAAAUUAGAGCAAAUUAAAAUGGUCUGAUGGAAGAAAAUGUUAGGAAGUAUUAAAGAGUGGUUUGAGAUAAGUAGUCAACUAAUGCUAAAACUGGUAAAAGAAAACAGUCUGGCACAUCGCCAAUAUGAAGAAGCAAGAGAAGACCCUAUGUUUGAAGUAUUUGAUGAGUGAGUGGUAAUGAAUGUGAAUUUCAGUUUCAUUUGUCAGGUAAUAUUAAAAUGUCAGUAAAAUGAACCAUUGAUUAAGAAUAAUUUCUUUUGACAUAUUUUCAUAGAGCCUAACAGCUAUUCCUAUUAACACAAGCAGAAAACAACUACAAAAAGUAACUUUACAACUGCUGAAAUUCUGUGAAAGAUCAUUUUGCUUCACUUCAUAUAUUACUGUAUCAAGAUUGCCUGUAUGAAUCAAUAGCAUCAGGAAUUGAGAAUAUUUCAAUUUUGUAUUAGAAAGCAUACAAAAGAUACUAUUAGUAUUUGAUAAUGCAAAAUAAAUUAUCCAUAUAAUAAC